AUGACCAACUACAUAUCAACCAAGUUAAGAACCUUUCUCGGUGAGCCUAUGGGAGAGAAAUGUGUUGCCUUUGUGGAUGGAGUUGAUAAAGACCUCGCAAUCAGAUUAAUGAGCUUUGGUUUUGAUAAGGCAUACGUACUGUUGGGUCAGUACCUCCUCAUGCACAAGAAAGAAGACGACUUCCAGAUGUGGCUCAUGCUGAGAUGUGGUGCCACUCAACAAGAGGCCCAGAAGAUUUCCAUAUGCCUGCGGGAGUGGUGUUCCACCUUUAUCUAA